CAGCCUUUACUGGACAGCUGGCAUGCUACGGAAGUGUUUCUGUGCGUGCGGCCCUGUAGCUCCCUGUCCCCGGUGUGCGACUUGACAAUUUUGGAUAAAAACAGGUGGAUGACAACAAUUUCCAUUGCAUGCAGUUAGGUAUCACUUUCGCUGAUUGUAGUCAGAGAUGGGAGCGAACAAUAGCAGGCGCCGCGUCUCCUUUGAGUCGGAUGAAAAUGACAACAUCACAGUUGUGAAGGGCAUAAGGCUCUCUGAGAAUGUCAUCAACCGAAUGAGGGAGCCCAUAGCUCCCCUUCUUCCCCCCUCCCUUCCACAGGUCCCACCCCCUGUUGCUGCUCCCUCCUCCCUCCUCAUUCCAGUGUCUCCCCUCAGACCCCCCUUCGAUCCCAUCACCUCGCUUCCACCCAUAGAACCCAUCACACUACCACCUCAACCUCCUGCACCUGUCACUGAAGUAGUGGCUCCACCUCCACCCCCCAUGGAACAGGUAGCAGCUCCGACCAUCAUUGACAUGGUGAUCCCGCCUCCUACCUUAGCUGCUUUAAAGCCUGUGGCAUCCCCUCCACCACCUGCAUCUGUUGAGCAGUCUGCUGCUCCUCCAAUGGAAGCUUUCUCCCUGCAGCCUACAGUCAAACCCAUCGCUCCGCCUCCUCCCCCAGCUGAAUUCAUUGCUCCUACCCCUUGUGAACCCAUUGGCCCUCCUCCUCAGCCCCCAGUGGAAGCUUUUGCUCCUCCUCCCGCCCCAGAACCAGUGGAAGUUGUUGGCCCCCCUCUUCCUCCUCCCACCCCAGAGCCAGAACCAGUGGCGGUAGCACCGCCAGCAGCACAUGCAGUUGAUGAAGAGGAGCUGAGGAAGAAGAUCACAGAGGAUCUGCAGAAAGGCCUGUUGAAGGAGAGGGUGAAGGCUGAGCAGGAGCUGCAAGCAUGGCUGGAGGAGGAGAAGGUCCAUGCUGCAUCCUUUGCUGAGGCUGAGGCCCAGGCCAGUGUGAAGGAUGAGGUGGGUCGUAUCCUGGAGCUGGAGAGAGCCACGACCCAUAAUACCCUGACGCAGGCUGUCAUGAGGGAGAAGGUCAGCGCUGAGGACGAGAGGCUACGCACCCAGCUUUACGUAAGUCCCUAACCCCCUCCAACCGUU